AUGGUGUUGCAGAUUGAAGUCAUGAAGAUGCUCGAUCAUCCCAAUAUCGUUCGGCUGUAUGAGACGUACUCGGAGAAGGAGAAGCUGCACCUUGUGAUGGAGCAUUGCGAAGGCGGCGACCUCUUCGACUUCCUCAUGAAGACUUAUCAGCUCACUGAGCGCGGGAUCUCAGAACUCGUUGCGAAGAUGCUGAGUGCUGUCAAUUACCUGCAUCAAAGAGGAAUCGCGCACAGAGAUAUCAAGCCCGAGAACUUUCUCUUGGAGUCGAAAGCAUCGCACGAAGGGUUCGGUGAGAUCAAGAUAAUCGACUUCGGAUUCAGCAAGGUUUUUCAUGGAACCAACGAUCUCCAUAACAUGCUGGGAUCGCCUUACUACGUCGCCCCCGAGGUGCUGUCCGCGUAUGGACCGCAAUGUGACAUCUGGUCUCUAGGGGUCGUUAUUUACACGAUGCUCUGUGGGCAGCCGCCAUUCUACGGCGACGACAACAACCAAAUCUACAAGGACAUUCAGACUGGCGAGUACGAAUGGCCAGAGGACAUCGUGGUCUCGAAGGAAGCAAAAGAUUUCGUCAGUCAGAUGCUUGUUCUUGAUCCUGAAAAGAGAAUCACGGCAGCUGAAGCCCUGCAGCAUCCUUGGAUCACUUCGGCAUCGAAGCUUGAGGUGAAUCCUAUCACUUCUCGGAUGCUUUCCCAGCUCUCCAAGGUCCGUGAUAUUGGCAAGCUGAAGAAGCAAGCUCUGCUCGCAAUCGGAUACUCGCUUGACCGCGAAUCGAUCCGACAAAUGCGAGAAACGUUCCGAUCUCUAGACAAAGAGGGCAAGGGACUCAUCAGCUUCGAUGACCUCCACAAUGCCAUGAUUCAGUUCGGCAUGAAACGUGAACAAGUCGAAGAGCUCUUCAUGUCGAUCUCAGAGGGCAACAGAGAUGGAAUGAUCGAGUACACCACGUUUGUCGCUGCAUGUCUGGAGAAGCAGACGUACUUGGACCAGUCACAAGUGUAUCACGCAUUCCACAAAUUCAAGGACAAGAGUGGAUCCAUCACAGCUGAAAGCUUGCGCGAAAUUCUCGGAAGGAGGUUCUCCCUCCAAGAGGUGGAGCAGAUGGUGCAGGAAGCUGACCUGACCGGAGAUGGGAAAAUCUCUUGGGGAGAAUUCACGCUGAUGAUGGGGAACAGACUCCCAGUCUCCAGAGUCGCCUGGAGGGUCCUCCCACUCUUCGAGGGGCUGUCUGCAGACGAGGUACCUCUCGCUCUCUCCCGUGCUCAUCACUGA